GUUUCUGAUGAAAGCCUCAGUGACCAUUGAAUAUCCCAGAUAACUACGAGGAGGAGGAGAAGAAUGCAUUCUUAACUGAAAAGUGGGAAAUUUGGCAUUUUUAGUGUCUCUUGGGAGUAUUAUUCACCAACAGAGGUCUAACAUCGUUUAAUGAGUGAAUGAAAGAAAAAGUUUAUCAGUUUGCAGAGACAGACUUUCCUACUUCAAUUGAAGAACGAGCAAAUGAAAGACCAUCGAGACUGGAAGAUUGAAACGUGUCAAACAUCAACUAAGAAUUGAAAACGGGAUCCUAACCCAGGGCCGCUGGAUCCAGGGGGCCACGGGGGCACAGGCCCCCCUGUUUGCGAAAAGUAUAAACAAGUGCCCUUUUUCGAAAAAUAUAUUGCGUGUAUUUUUAACUGCCAGAUAUUCUGCCUUUAGAAACUAAGUAAAAUAACAUAACUUUGUACGUUGUUGGAGGACCAUUCACUGAAAAUUCCUUAAAUUUUUACUUGGUCUUGAUGGAAGAAGCGCAAGCUCCUGUGAUGAACAAUAUAAACUGCGAAGGAGACUGCCAGUUUCGCGAGAAAAUUUUUCUAGUAUGUCUUCAGCAAAAAAAUCACUAGUGAAAUGUCCGAUCAAGUCCCCGGCGUCAGUUGGUCCAAUGUAUAUCGUGUGUGUUCUUGAAAGUAAAAACUGGACCCCUAUCUCUGAUUCUGGGUUCAGUAAAGUGUACUCUAUUAUGUGCCUUUGCCAAAAUUGUGUAACUUAUUUUACUGUGAAUAUUUAAGCUUGAGCAGGAAUUUUUGUUAAAAUCAAAUUUAGUGAACUCUACUUUUCACUGAGCAUGUUAGAGCCAUUCUUUUUCUUAAACUUAUGUCUAGGCAAGUUAAAAAGCAGAGUUCACUAAAUUUGCUUUUAACAAUAAUCCUUUAUGGUUCUUGACAUAUAUUUCAACAAAAUCAGACAUCUGUAAAACUUUAGCUGCGACAUAUUGCUUGCUUCACAACAUUGUGUUCGAUGUUUUUUAUGAAGAAAUGAAAAAGUUAUGUCCCUGCAAUGAUUACAUGCUAACAAAGACUUAAAAAAGACUUAAAUUUCUUAUCUAGGAUUAGAACAAUAUACAAGACUAGACGUACUGCAAAAUUUGUUGUACUUCAAUAUGCCAUUGAUUUACCCAAAAAAUUAUCUACAACAUCAUAUCAGUAAAUUCCUGCCCUUUUGUGCUUCCUCUGACUGAUUAAGAAUGCAAUCCUAUUUUCAAGAUUCUAUGUCCCUGAAUUCUAGCUUUUUUCAAAUUUUCGGAACUCACAUAUUAUACGUUUGACCAACUGACUGAGCCACCCAGAUCAAUUUUAAGGAGAGUUAAAAACUUGUUUCGUUCAUAAGACUGAUGAGAUAAACCUAAUCAAUGUUACAAAUUGAAUUUGCUAUGUUAGUGAAGAAUGUGUCCGCACCUUCAGCCGAUUGUGUGAAGAUGACUUAUCCAUAAAAUUUGUAGCUUUUGAAAAAUAUUCCAUGGAGGCGAACAAAUUUGUGUUUAAAUGGGGAUGGGAGGGUGCGAAUACCAAGGGGGACUAAAUUUUUAAAUAUAUAAGUAAGAAAAUUAAAAUCAUUAUUCGAAUGAGGCUGAAAUUUUGUUUAGAAAGAGAUAGGGACUGGAACUCGCUUUGAAGUACAUAGAGACUAAGAAUUCAAAACUUCCAUUCAGUUCAUAUUUUUGGUUGGAUUCGUUGGUAUGUUGCAAUAGAUCUGAACAUUUGUUGAGUAUAAUGCGCCUGCCACAAGUAUGAAAAAAGGAUGUGUGCCUCCUUCUUACCCAGGACCAAGUUCAAUUACAAUGCAAAUUAUAAAGAAAAUAAGUACAGCGUAUUGUAAUAGAAGUAUAAAUCAUACAUGGAAGAUCGAUUUACAAGCUCAAAAAACUUUGAGGGCCAUGAGAUGGGAAGCUAUACAAUUAAUCAAAAUUAAGAGUGCGUGGUCUCUAAAUGGAGUACAUAGUCAUGUCUGCUUUCAGCAAAGAUAAAUUUCACUAUAUCCAACGUAUGUAAUUAUUUUUAUAAAUGACUAAAUUACUGUGAGGUCUGUACCAUUUUUGGCACUUACUAAGGUUUCGGGAAAAAAAUAUUCGUGCCCUUUUUUUUUCGUUUUGCCCCCCCCCCCCCCUGCUCAAACCUGCGUCCCGUGGCCCUGUAACCUGGUCGAUCAGUUCUCCCACCAUCUUUGCGAAGCCUAGUUGUCACCGAACACCACAACACGGCAAAUUUUGGAAUCGAUCAAAUGUACAGUUUACUCAAAACCAGGUUUUAUUGGCCUAACAUGUAUGGCUAUAUUCGACAAUUCACUUUAGGCUGUGAAACAUGCCAGCAAACAAAAUGUGACACACGUCCCCUCAAAGCACCAUUGAUCCCAAUGUUUGUUCCAAGCGCCUCUAUGCAAUUUAUCUUUGUUGAUUUACCAUUCGUCCCUAAAGACACAAGUGGGUAUCAGAACGUUUUUUCAAAAUAUAUCCAAGCAAUUCCUCUCAAAGACCAGACGGCCCACCCAAACCAUCACCGACGCCAUAUUAUCUAUCUAUUAACCGACCAAGGUUCAAACGUUGAUGGCCAGAUUAUGGCAGAGAUUUGUAACAUAUUUCUAGCUUUUCGUUCUGGGGAGGUGUUCAGGCCUCUUUUGCCAACAAAUUGCGUAGAGACAAACUCAAUUUGCCGCCAUGUUUUAUUAUUCACCAAAAAAGCACCCACACAUGGCUAAAAAUCCUCGUUUCUGAGAUAAAAUGUUUUUCAAAAUUUCAUUUUACAGUAGCUUAGCCUCAGCUUGUUCUUAAUUUGUUCUUAAAUUUUGGCCCAUUUUGAGGCUCGUGUUCUUAUAAAAUUGUUCUUAUAAAAAAAAGCGUGUAAUGCAGGGGGAUGCAAUAUGCAAACAUAUUUUAUAAGGAAAUUUGCAAAGUCUUUGUACACGAGUUCCUUAUCUGUUUGGGUAAGUUCUGUGUAGCAUGUGCUUCCCGGAACUGAUUGUUAUUGUAUGUAAUUUAAUAAUGUCAUCGUCUCUAUCUGAAUCUUUGUACUCUGUUGUUUGUACCUUAUGUCUGUUGUUCUAUCUUGAUGUGUUGAUUAACAAACUGUGAUGUUGUAUAGAAUGAUUAGAUCUAAAUUGUAAAGUUCAGUCAGUGCUUCCACUUUUAAGGAAAUUUCCUCAGAUUAAGGAAAUUUGGUCCGUUUAAGGAAAUUUUUAAGGAAAUCGAUAUUUUGAGGAAAUUUUAAGGAAAUUUUAAAUUUCAUUUUUUAUUUUAAUUUUUUGUGAUUCCUCGCUGUUGGAUUGUCAGAACAGCUUUGUUAAAUCGAUUUGAAAUGUGAAAUUCCUUAUGCACUGCUGUGCAUAAGGAAUUUCACCUUAUUCUCACCUUAUGCACCUUAUUCUCAGAUAAUCCCUUUGGACUGCUGUGUUGUUGGCGUAGGUCAGCUACUGCUAACUAUUUUUAUCAGUCCACCAUUCUUUGGUUAAAAAAUGGUGGAGUUAAGCGAGUAGAAAUGAAACGUAAUUAUGUUGAAGCGAAGGUAAAGCCUUCCAAAAAGUAAUAUGAACAAAAGUUUCAUUAUUCAUGGCUUAGCAAUCCCUACAUUUAAGCAAUGGUUGAAGAAGAUAACUAAUGACAGUGGCAAAUUUCAACCUUAGUGCCAAGUGGGUAAGAUGAAAGUAUGCUGCUCUAAAGCAGCUCUAGCCAUAUAUCAAGACCCUGCCCAUAAAGAGGUUAUGGCAAGGUCAGCAACACUGGAAACAACAAACAAGAAAAUUGAUUCCAUGCCUGGCCCGAAUGACAAGAAAGCCGCAAGGAUGGAACUUAAAAUUGCUAGUUUCAUUGCAGAAAAAAAUUUGCCUAUCAAUAUAUCCCAAGGAUAAGACAUUAGGCAGAGCCUAACUUGGAAAACAGAAGACAACAAACCUUAUACGUCAAGUUCUAUUUUUUAAGAGAAGGUUCUCCAAAGCUACAAGGUAACACGAUCUCCUUGAUCAUUGACGAGAAAAAAGAUCGAUCUACACAAAGUCAGCUAGCAAUUCUUGGUACAUAUUUUGAUACUGAAAAAUAUCAGAUGCACAGCAUACUUAUAGACAUGAACUAUAAGCUUAUAGCUGAAAUGAAGCUUCAAUUUAACGAAAAUCGCUAUGUUCACUCUAAAUUAAGUUUCGAACUUUCAAGAAAAUAUCCGAGGAAAUUUCAAAUGACGUCUGAGGAAAUCUGAGGAAAUUUCAGCCUCGUUUAAGGAAACCCGCAUUUUCAUUUUUGGAAGCACUGAGUUCAGUUGUUGGAUUGAAUAUGACAUGAACAUAUGAACUUGUAUUUGUCUUCCUCGCUACAUCUGUACAGUUGUGAGAAUUAAAUAUUAUGAGUUAAUUUUUCUGUUAUGGCAAAUGUUAUCCAUUUCCAUUCACGUAUGAAAAUUCAUUGAUAAUGUUGUCGAUUUUGAGAAAACAUUGAUGUUUCAGAAAAGAAAUUAAAAGGCACAGAAGUUACAGUUCUAAAAACAAUUAAGGAAUUCUGCGAUUGACACUCGUUUUUACCAAUCAUCCAUACAACAUAAAUCACAAUCAAUAAUAAUAUAUGUAAUGAUAAUGAUAAGUAAUUUGUUUACAGUUGGCGUACUAGAUGAAAGUCUGAUAGCUAUAAAGAAGCUAAUUAAGGCCAACUAUCUAUGAAGAAUCAGUAAAAAACGAAUCUAUGGUACAAUGGUAAAAAAUGUUUAAGGUAUUAAUAUUCUAUAUAAAAUCUUACCCAUCAAUAAAUAUUUUACAUAAUCUACAGUCACAUUCUACAGGGUGUGCUCUUAAUUAUUUUUUAAAUGUUCGCCAAUGAUUGGGACUCUCUGAUACCGUAAGAAAGAUUUUGCCACAGCUUUUGACCUAAAUAUCUGAGUUUUGAUAACUAGAAACAAUUGAUCAAUAGUUGAAGCUAACAAACAUACUUAUUUCCACUAAAGGCAACGAUUCUGUGAUCCCAUUGUCGUUUAUAUAAUGCGUCGAUUCUAUUGAGUCCCCCGAAUAAUUCUGACGUCUGAUAGGGGCCUUUUUUUAUCCUCAAGUGACGUUUCAGAAUGUAUGUUUUUUCGCCGCUGACAAUGUACGUCUUUUUUUGGCUGUCAUUACUGAAGCUUUGACCCUAUUAAAGCACAAAGACAUGGAAGAUUCAAAAGCCUUGCCUCCCUUCUCAGAAACAGGCAACGGUUCAACUGGGACCGGUUGACCUUUUACUCCUGUGAUGAAAAAUGAUAAUAAUAAACAACAAUAUUAUAAAAAUAUAUAAUUUGCUUACAGCUGGCGUACUGAAUGAAAGUCUAACAGCUAUAAAGAAGCUAAUUAAGGCCAACUUUCUAUGAAGAAUUAGUAUAAAAUAAAUAUAUGGUACAAUGUUAAAAUGUUUUAAGUAUAAUAUUCUAAAUAAAACCUUACCCAUUAAUAAAUAUUUUACAUAAUCUACAGUCACAUUCUACAGGGUGUGCUCUUAAUUCGCUUUUAAAUUAUGCUAAUGAUUGGGACUCUCUGAUACCGUAAGAGAGAUUUUGCCACAGCUUUUGACCUAAAUAUCUCACAGCUUCUAUACCAUAAGAAUCUUGUCUUGGCUUUUGGAAUGCCAAGAGUAUUUUUAUCUCACAGAUCAUAAUGUACAUUUUUUGCUUCAAAAAUCCACGCUAAAGGGGAAUCAAAAAUCAAGACAUUGAAAAGCCCAUGAAUAAGGAAGUGAUACUGAAAAUUGCCAGGGAUUCAGAAAGGUGCCAUGUUGCGCGAAAGGUUGUGAGACAAUGGCAAUUAAGAAGAGACCUGAUCAAGAAAAGGGAUUCUGAAAAACUUGAAGCAUGAAGAGCAAAAGUGUUCCAGAUUCCAACAACAUCACAGGAGAGUUUGAAUGUGUCUGUAGAUGUGCUGCUGUUCUUGGUUGUUCGAAAAAACGACUCAGUGACAACGCUGGAUGUAAAACAGAAAAAGGUAUUUUAGAUCGUCUCCUGAAGAAUAUUGAAGAGUUUGGGGAGCAGAAAAAAGUAACUCCUCGGGGUCUUUUGGAAAAACUCAUCGAUCGAUCAGAGGAAAAGUGGGAAAAGAUGGAGCCAACUGAAACCAUAAUGAAGAAUUAUAUUCCUGUCAAAGAUGCUCUCAAAGUUUGGAACGACUGAUAUUAGAGAACUCCUGACUAUUUGUCGCCUUAAAAAGCAACUGAAGGAGUACUUGAAGAGCUGACAGAUUCGUAUAUUUAAACACGACCCUCUGGAAAAACAGCAUUAUAUAUAGUAAUUAUAUUUUUCUUUAAAUUCAAUUUAUGUAUUUAUUCUUAGUCAAGAUUGUAUUAGGGUAGCUGAAAGGUUGUUUCCUGUGAAUCAUUCUAUGAGCUCCCUUCACAUCUUCGGCAAUUCCUGCAACAAGAACGUCGCGAGCAUCAUGGUUGCCACCGAGGCGGCAUCAUGGUUGCCACCGAAGGAGCAGUAAAUUUUCGAAUUUUGAUGCUUCUAGUUUCCUGGAAAAUGCACUCUUCCAAGCACAAAUUGAACAGCAGAUGAAAACAGCUGGUACAAUUUCGCCGUGGUCUUGAGAAAUACCAUUUUGUCAGUUACUUCUGAAGCUAGGUAACAAGUGUAAAAGGACUGUCAAGAUUGUCAGGAAACAUAACACGCCAAGCGGUACCAAACAAUUUUGUAAAGUCACUUGAAGCAAGCGAGGACGCUUGUCCUUGAAGGGGAGAGUUAUGUGAAAGGACAGAAUUUCGUUAAGGAAAUUUUUGCUUGUUUGCUGUUUGAAUUUCAUUUGCCUGAUUGACUUUUGUUCGCAUCUUGGCCAAUUUCCAUGUACAUCCUGUCUUGCGAUCAGCUCCUUUGUUCUGUUUUGUAUAACUAUCCUAAUUAUCUUUAUUGCUGUUGAGUAAAAUAUUUGUUGGCUUUUGUGAGUAAUUCAGUCGUUGAAUUUAGUCAUUAGAGUUUAGACGUGACUUCAGAUGUUCCGAUAGCCGUUGUUAUUUCGAGAAGUUUAAAACAUAACAGUUUUGCCGAAGUGAUCCGUUUAGUCGUUGUUGAAUUGGAUGAAACUAUAAGAACCGUCGAGCCAAGAAAUCAGAACACGCUUAUUGAAUUUUGUACUUUCUUUUACUGCUGAAUCUGCGAACACAAGCCUGUAAAACCCUCGUAAACUCGUGGUUUUACACAAGCAGCACUGGUUGUCAAUUUAGAUCCCUCUUUCCUUUUUAGCAUGCCUUUUGAAUGUUAAAAAAACUGGAGCUCAUAGUGAAUUGCACAUGAAGGUUUCUACUGAUAAACCUUAGGGGAAAUGGGCACAAGACACAAUUUUACCUAAAGAGGGCCUGGAUUUUUCGAUUUAGUGCCAACAAGAAAUCUUCAAAUCUUCAAAUGUUUACCUUCAUUCAUAUCAAGGAAUAUCAUAAUUAACCAACGGAACAACCACCGUUGCUUGAUCCUUUAUUGAUUUUAUGACAUAAAGGUCUCUAGAAUACCCGAAACGUUUUCAUUAUUAUCAUUGUUAUCAGGGCCUCCGUCGAAGGGGGGCCGGGGGGGCCUUGGCCCCCCUCAACUUUUUUGCAAAACAAUAGAGUUUUUUUCAAAAUCUUUUACUAUGGGUGUUAAUUUUUUCCUUGCCCCCCCCCCCCACUUUUCAACUUUUGUCGGAGCCCAUGGUUAUUAUAACCCUCUUGCAAUGGAUUUUAAAAUUAGAACGUGUAGACUGACAGUCAUUGCCUAUUUCACAAUCUUCAAUUGCCUUUUUAUAGAGGCAGUCAUGUGGGACCUCGUGUCAAAGGGGGGUGUCACACAAGUGGCUCAGCGUCGACAGGCCUGUGGAGUUACAGGUAAAGGGGGAAGCAAUAAACAGGGUGCAUAAAAUUAAGUAGCUAGGAGUAACGUUCGACGAAACCCUGACAUGGAACCAACGGUACAAAAAUCUAAACGUAAAAUAAAAGAUGGGUUGUCUUUGAAUUGCAAACUAGAAACUAUUUUACCCCAACAAACCAAAACUUUGUCUACAGGUGCAGCCGCUUAGCAGUUGAAUUGUGCAUUUUAUGAUACAAGCAUGAAAGUUUGUACACGUACACGAUUUGACAUGCUGAAUAAGAUGAGAUGCAUACCCCACUUGAAAAAUGCCCCCAAAAGCUAUUUUUAGACAGGGGUAACUCUAUUCAGUCCUCCGUCGGAUCAUCCUCCAUAUCUUAUAAACUAUGCAAGUUUUAAACCCGAAACUUAGCAUUCCAUGAUACUGUAAUCAAGUUUUGUUUGAAGGUAAUUGAAAAGGAGAUUCUCCUACUUGCUUCCUUUGCCAUCUCUACUGUGAAUCCUACUGCAUAAAUUAAAAAAAGACAAAGGGGCGACAUUCGAAUAACUUUAUCCGGCUGCGCUGAUAUCGCUUUUCUAUUGGACCAGGUUAAUUUUGAGUGAUGUGAGCGCAUGUGCCACUGGUAAUUGCGAACAUUCACCACUGGCAUUCGGUUGCGUUUUUUGUGUGAGCCCUUCGUAUAUCUCAAGCAUUGUGCUGUUGUGUCAGAUGGAUCUGUUGAAGGACGUUACUCACUUGGAAGUUGUUUCUGACGACUUUCACAUGAGCAAAUUCAUCGAUGAUCAAGCAAAAUUAUUCCAAAAUGAGGGCAACGACGAGCCAUUUUACGUUGGAAAUGUUAGCGAAAUACUUGAAAGAAUUGCGUCUUUCAAGAAGUUUCUUCCAAAUGUACAGCCAUUCUAUGCUGUAAAAUGUGUUCCAGCGCGGCUCGUCUUAAAGUUGUUGAGUCAUUAUGGCCUCGGAUUCGACUGUGCCAGUAAAAGUGAGAUGGAGGCCGUACUUAGCUUGGGUGUGUCGCCAGAUCGCAUCAUUUUUGCGCAUACCGUCAAAAUGGCAUCGCAUUUACGUUAUGCAGCCGAGAACAAAGUUGCUAUGAUGACGUUUGACUGUGAAGAUGAACUGCAUAAAAUCAAAAAAAUUUACCCGGAUGCGGAACUGUUAAUACGGAUCCGUGUCGAUGACUCGAAAUCCCGGUUCAAGCUUGGGAAAAAGUUUGGAGUUGCUGCGGAAGACUCCGAGGCACUACUCAAGUUAGCAAAGAAAAACAAUCAGAAUGUCAUUGGUGUGAGUUUCCACGUUGGCAGUGAUUGUGCCCAUCCAACAAUGUUUCGUAAUGCCGUCAAAGCAGCAAGAACAGUUUUUGAUGAAGCGGAAAACAUGGGACUCAAGUUUUCAAUUCUCGACAUUGGUGGUGGCUUUCCUGGUGUAAAAAAGAAAGAUAAUCUUUUCAAAGAGAUCGCAAAUACUCUCCAGCAAGCACUUGCUGAGCAUUUCCCACCAUCUUUUGGUGUCAAAAUUAUUGCUGAACCUGGAAGAUUCUACGUACAAUCAGCGUUCACACUUGUGUCCCGAGUGUCGGCUGUUAAACAUACUCCUGAAGUGAAUGGAAAUAAGACAGAAAACCAGAACUUUGUAUAUUAUCUCAAUGAUGGCAUACAUGGAUCAUUCUUCUACUAUGACCCAGACCUUCCACCAAGGCCAUUAAAGAGCAAGAAAGAGGAAACCUUGCAUUUGUCUACUUUGUGGGGGCCAACAUGUAGUCAAACGGACUUGAUCGGUGAAGGAUUUCGACUGCCAAAGAUGGACAGUGGUGAUUUGCUCAUUUUUGAGGAUAUGGGGGCCUAUAGUUUCUCGUGUGUCACCAAUUUUAACGGCUAUGGAGAAAUCAAGAUUGUUUAUAUCAUCUCUGAGUCUGAUGUCCAAAAUUUAAGAAAUGGUUGUCUUAGACAUAUUUCAUCAAGGAAUAUGAAAAAAGAUGCCUUUGAAAAUAUGCUGGAAAAGUUUACUUCAGAAUCAAUGUAACAGGUACUGUUUUUUAUUGAUGUUAAUGUGGGUGCUGAUAUUCAGUGAUCACCUUUCAUUAAGUAUAUUUCAAUUUUAUAAUCCUGUAUUAUCUACCGAUUUAGAGUAUAAUUUUAUGAAAAUUAACUCAUAUCAGACUAUAUAUCCUUAAGGACGUUAUUAACCGUAUUUAAGAUUCUAUGCCAAUACCUUAGUUAGAGAGUGACACUAAAUGGGUACCAUAUAUCCUCAAAUAAGCCCUUUGGGUUGGGGCUAAUUCAUAAAGGGGGGAGAGGGCGUGGUUAUGAAAAUCUUCUCUAAGUUUCCAUACAAGUAGCUCGCUUGGAAGCAUUUUCAAUUUUUUUAAGUUCAUUUCAUUCGAAAUUUUUCUUGAUUUAAAUAUUCCUAGAUUGUAAAAGUAAAGUACAUAUCAAAGAACAAAAUUUUUAUCGAGAAUAUUGAUAUUUCUAUUCUUUUCGACGGCCUCUUCGUCAAUUAUCAAGCAAAUGGUGUAUUUUCCUGUUUCAUCUCGACUUUCUAUAUAGAUAUUCAGAAAAUGGUUUAUGGUUUUCUUAAUGGCUUUUCUUCGGCAGUUUUACUAUCAUAGUGUCAUUAUAUCCUGUCGCUUCCGUGAAAGCUGUGACUUAAUUUCAUGGUGCUCCUUCGCAUGACCCACAAUACCAUCGUGCUCCUCUCGGUUAUAAAUAAAGUCUUUAAUGAAUUUUCUUCUUAAGGGAUUCUCUUUUCGUUUCAAGACAUUAUUAUUGCCAAUGAAAACAUUUCGGUCAUGAGCACAUUUUGCGUAAUAAAUUUUUCAAAAAGCACUUCUUGUCCUAUUUCAUCAACUAUUUUUCAAUAGCAUUGUUCACCGCAUAGCUUGCGACAAACAAAUGGUUUAGAGAAAACCAUCGAUUAAUUUCUUCCAACAUAGAUAGGAAGAAAUAUUCAACAAUAGGCAAUAUUUGCGCAUUAAGUUUCUUACAAGGCACAAAUUGCCGAGAAAAUCUCGUGGACUCCGACACAGGUUGGAAAGUGGGGACGGGGAGGGGGCAAGGGAGAAUUUUGCACCCACAACAAACGAUUUUGGAAAAAUGCUCUAUUUUUAAAAUUGUUAAAUUUUUUAAAAUUGUUAAAAUUUUUAAAAUUAAAAUUGUGCCUCGUGUCCAUUUCUCCUAAAGUUUCUCAGUAGAAGCAUCAACUGCAAUUCACUAUGAGCUCCAGAUUUUUCUUAACAUUCAUAAGGCAUGCUAAGAUGGAGAGAGGGAUCUAAAUUUAAAAGUAACUGACAACCUGGUAUUUUUCGAGACCACGGCGAAAUUGUUGAUUUUAUCUGCUGUAAAAAGUUUUGCAAAAAGACAAUAAUUUUCAAUAGGAUUUGGAGGAUAGCUUUAGUGAAAUCUGCCUAAAAGAGUGCAUUUUCCAGGGAACUAGAAGCAUCACAAUUCGAAAAUUUCCUGCCCCUUCGGCGGCAACCAUGGUGCCGCCUCAGGUAGUAACUAUAUAUUUUGCCCGUCCCGAUAUAGAGAUUUGACAAGACUAUUAGAAAAGUCGGUCAUUAUCAUACAGAGUUAGAUUGACAAAAUGUAUUGCAGAGGUUUGUGACACCAGCUAAAAAGUUUCAGGCAAUAAUUUUUUAAUCAGGUAAAUUUGCAUUACACAGGCCCCCCCCCCCCCAACGAGGCUUGCCUCGCGACGGCCCUGCCUACUAAAUGGGGCAAAUCGAAUUUUUUUCUGUCGGCAAUUUGACACAUCCAGCGUCGGCAGUUACGGAGAAUAUAAACUUCGGCACCUCGAAGGUUUGUCUCUAGCGCCACCCCUGAAUUUUCUACCCAGCUAUUAGCUAUAGGCUAUUAGCCUAAAGCGUUUACCUUUCUACAGGUACAAACAGCACAAAUCGUCAUCAAGCCCGUUUUGCAUCAUUUAACACCCAUCAAACCCUGCUUCUUCAUUGUCAAGACAGGAAUUAUCUCUUACCAGCCAUUUUCUUUCGGAGAAACGAAGUAUCUUUGAAUUGAUAAUGCUAGGCAUGGGAGCUAGUAGAAGGGAAUGCACACCCAAAACUCCCACGUCUCCCACUUCUGUAUUUUACUGAAUUCAAGAAAUCUUAAGAACUCAGAUAUUCAUAAGGUAACUUUGCUGGCCACUGCCUUCUUUGAUAUUGUAAAUAGGCAAAUGAAUUCGAAUUUGGCGUCCAAAUAUUUCGUUUUUUGAAAUUCUUCGUAUUGGCAUCUACUGAUAAGAUACACAGAGCGCGCGCUUCAGAGUUGAUUUGCUGUUCAUUUCAAAUUCAAUAUCACAACCCCUGUUCCCCCAAUUAACAGUACUUUCCCAUGUAAAUAUCUUAACAAAAGUGUGUUCCUUUGUCCCAAUCAAUUUGCUAAUCGUGAAUUCAAUAUCACAUAGUUAAUGGGAUUUAUUACUUCUCAAUGAAAAGAAACAGGAAGAAACAAUUAACAGAGAGUUGAGGAGUUUCCAAAAUUACAACAUCACGAUAUAGGGCCUACCGGUUUUCUCGUACAAUGGUGCAACCCCCGGAUAAUCUGUAUGAUUGCAAGGAAGUAAAUGGUGAUAUUUUGCGAUACCAAAUGACGCGAGGGGGUUCUAAUACUUCCCUGUACCGAAGUCUCCCUUCUGACGACCUAGAGACACAUUUACUUUGAUGCUGAUGAUGGGAACUGCCAAGACAACCUUACCUGCAUCUACCAAGAUCGUGCACAUGAGAAGGUUACGAACUUAUGGAAGAGAAAAUCUGAGAAUGCAAAAACUCCAAGAUUAUCAGAAGUAUUAAUUGGACGAACAAAAUUACAAAUAAAGGAAUAAGGCAACAAGAGUCUGUUAUUGAUGUCCCAAUCAUACAAAAAGGUUGGACAACAUUUUGAAGGAGAAUAGAAUUUAUACAAAGCAG